AUGUUUGGAACCCCCAUGCAGGGCAGCGACUCAGCGAGCAACAAGAGAGCCGUUUGUGUCAUGGCUGUCCUGCUGUUCAUGACCUUCAGCUUUGGACCCGUCAGCAUCACAGACAGAAAGCUGUCAGGCCUACAGGAUGGUGUGGUGUCGUAUACGGGACGACGACUGCUGGAGAUCGAACAACAACAGCAGCAGCAAGCAGCUGCUCAGCCUCCGAGCAGAGUGGAGGAAAAAACAGAGACGGAGGAGGACGGAGGAGACGAAGCUGCGGAGUCAUAUCAGUUCAGGAACCUGAGUGAUGUGUUCAGUGACGUGAAGGAUCUGGUGCUGCAAGACAUCGAUCGUUACUUCAGCUCAUCAGACUGCCGACAGUUCAACCGCUCAGAGUCUCUCAGGCUGGCGGACGAGCUCAGAGGUUGGGUCCAUCGACAUCAGAUCGACAGGAAGAAGUCUGGAGGAAAACCAAAAACCGCCAAGAAGGCCAAAAUUGCCCAGAAAGCUCAGCUGAGGAAGACAAACUUCUCCAGAUAUCUGCCGAUCCAGGCUCACCGCUCCAUAGAAAGUCAGCUGCAGGUGCUUCCUGGUCCUGAGGUCACCUACAGCGACUUCCUGGACGCCAUCGACCGCAGAGAGGACACUUUCUACGUUGUCUCUUUUAGACGGGACCACCUGUUGUUACCAGCCAUCAGCCACAAUAAAACCGGCAGACCUAAAAUGUCUCUGGUGAUGCCGGCCAUGUCUGUAAACGAGAGUCUCUAUAACUCCUCUCAGGGUUACGAGAUGAUGAUGCAGGUCGACUGCGAGGUCAUGGACACCCGUAUCGUCCCUAUCAAGUCUUCCGCCGUCCCGCCGUCUCUCCGCGACCCGCCUCCGCCUCCCCCCUCCUCCUCCCACCACAACCACCAUCACCACGGCAACCACACCUCGCUGCGAGGGCGCCACCACCAUCACCCCUCCUCCUCCUCUUCUUCAUCUUCCUCCUCGUCAUCAUCAUCUCCGAGGCAACCUUUACCCGCCCGCAGACAGAGAGCAGAAUAUUUAAUCAGCCAAUCAGAAGGUGUCUGAUGAGAUGUUGCCAUGGUGAUGUGGAAAGAAGAAAAGGAUGCGAUGGGGAAACAGGGAGAUGGUUUUAUGUUUGGGGAAAAAACAUCUUCAUCAUCUCUGGGACAGAGAAAAUACUGAAACCAUCCCAGAAAAGAUCAUUACUGCCAAAACAAGACACACGUUUUACUUGUAAAAUGGAGUUUGUCUUCAGUCUUUAACACUUUUUUCCUCUGACCAAGAGAUGAAUCUGAUUCUGAUUUUUUGUUUGUUUCAUACCAAAACUUGUUUUCUGUUCUUGUCUUUGUGUUUUUGCCACUUGUGUGUUGAAUCUUCUCAUCGAAUCUAUAAACUUAAAAGAGUCACUCCAACAAUUUUACACAUCCAAAGUCAUUUCACUCAGCAUUAUAGGAAAUGUAGGAUCCUCUGUGGUUCUGGAGAGAUUUUUCGAAGUCUGAAAAGUAACCCUGAUCAUGAGGGUUUAUCAAAAGAGUCUGCUGAGUUGCAUUAUGGGAAAUGUAGGAUCCAGUGGUUGGGGGCUUCACCUGUACUUUAUACUAAGCCUACAUCCACACUAAUUCAUUAUCAUUUUAAAGUGCAGAAUUAUUGGUACCUUUAAGCCUAGUGCCCACACUACUCCGGUAUUUUGGAACCCCUAAAAAAGAGACCUUUGAAAACACCGCUGACCGCAUUUUAGUUUGAAACCUCCGGGCUUGCAUUUUAGUCAUGGCUUCCUCUGAGAAUGGAUAAUGCUCCUGGUACUGUGAUAAUAUGUCACUCAAUUAUAUUUCCUUCACGUAUGAAAAUAGAUACAAAUAGAUUUCAAAUGUUGUAAAUGUCACUGCUCUCAUAUUUCCAUGCGUCCCUUUAUAUUGGCAUAAAUACAGCCAAUAGAUGGUGCUAGAGCAGUGGUUCCCAACUGGUUGGUCACGGUGUAAAAGUUGGUGAUGGGUCCAUUCUGAAUGGAUUGCAAGUGACCACUACACUGCCCCCACAGUCUGUAGUGGUAAUGCUGCAUUUUGUCUGUGUCUGUGAGCUUUAAAUGUGCAUAAAUACAGACGAAAUGAACACAGACUGCAGGCAGAAGGCUCCGUAUAGGUAUCUAACACUGAGCUCUUAUACUGAUGAAACCGUCGGUACCAGUUCCAACUUGUCAUCAGUACAGGCAAAUAAACCUCUGGUCUUACCUUUUUGUCAUCUCAGCAGUAUUUUCUGUUACUGAGCAACCAAACCACAGAGGCAUAUCACAUGCCCAGCAUACACAUAUGGUCGUGCUUUUUCAGGCUUGUUAGUGUGGACGGAGAUUGUUGUGAAAACACUCGUGUGUAUGGCAGAUUGUUUUCGUAUAAAUGGGCCGUUUUAAAAUGUAAGAUAUUAGUGUGGAUCUGGUCAAAACUCAGAAUAUCUCUGCGGCACAUAUUCUGUCCACCCACUUUUUCCUCAUGUCUCUGUAAGUUCAUCAAAUUGAUGGAAGUGCAAUACUAAAUUGUUGGAGUGGCCCUUUAAGAGUUCAGAAUCAUAAAACUUUAACACAAAGGUCGACAAUCAGAAAUUAAAACUGAGGUUAUCUAUUUACAUCUUUGCCAUUUAAGAACUACCUAAUAUUUCAUGUUUGCUAAAAAAAAAAAUCCAAAUUCAAUGUGAGAAAAGAGAAGUUGGAUAUUUUGGAAUUUGCUUUUUUUGUUCACUGGUUAAGGAGAAGUCCGGCACAUAACAAUAAAUUGUGGUUUUUAUUCUCAGAUUUUUUGUACAGAUUAAACAGACACCUUUAUAAUCAGUGAACUGUAGAGGAGCGGAUUGUUGGAUUUUUGUUACCUUGUUUGGACACAGCCAGGCUAUAGCUGUUUCCCCUCUGUUUCCAGUCCUUAUGCUAAGCUAAGCUAACAAGCAUAUUUACCGUACACACGUCUGACUCGGAAAGAAAGCAAAAAGCCGCAUUUCCCAAAAUACCGAAUUAUUCCUUUAACUACUAAUAACUUAAACUUUAUUUUCAUCACUGGUUUCCUUUUUGUUCGUGCGUCUCUGUGUUGUCUCCACCCUGCUGUGCCGCACGCUGCUGCUCCUCCAUGUCUGGUAAAAAAGUUUAAAAAUUGUGUUUUGUUCUUUGUCUCUUUUUUAUACUCAUCGAAUUUGUUACUCAUGGUGUCAAGAAAUGCAAACAUGAAAAGUGGAUAUGAAGUUCAAUGUGUGUUUUGAAGAGCAGUGGGUGGAAACAGCUGAGUCAUGUUCUUAUGAAACAACAGUUUGUUCCUUUUUUGUUUUUUUAAAGGAUUGUAUGUAAAAUGUUUUUGGGCAAUAUUACUCAUCUGGCUGGUGGUUCUUAACGGACGGGGGGGAUGUCUUUACUUCCUGCCUAAAGCAGUGGACAAAGUGGUUGUUUUUUUGUGAAGUUUCAGUCACUGUUGGCAACCAAUGGCUAUUUUUAUCAUCAUUAAAUAUGUCAGUUAUUAACUCAAUAAAUCAGAGAAAAAUUUGGCUCAUAAAAUGUCUGAAAAUACUCAAAAAUGCAGAUCGAAAUAUCCCAAAACCCAAACUGACGUCUUGAUAUUGUGUAAACGGAACAGAAAAUUUGCAAAUAUUCACUUUUGUGCAGAAACCAGUAAAUUUUGGGGGCUUUUUUGCCUCGGAAAGUAACUUGAACUGUGACUAAACAUCAGAAUAGGUGUAGAUUAAUUCCAGAUCAAUUUAGCAACUAAUCAUUUAUGUAUUGUCCCUGUAGAAAUAAUAACAUUAUGAAAUAAAAUGUGAAGAUGGUCAACAUUUCUUGGAUCAUGAACUGGAGUUUAAAUUCUGUUCUUUGUGUUAAGGACUGGGGGGAAAAAAUCACUAGAUCAAUUUAAAAAGAAAAUGUGAUUGUGAUGUUUGAUCAGGGCAGAAUUUGAGUUUCAGAUCCAGUUAAGAACCACCGACCUGAUCAGUCAAAAUAUUAAAAUAUUCACUUGUUUCAUGUUUGUUUUUUACCGUCAGACCUUUAAAAAUGAAUUUCCAGCACACACACAGCUGAGUGUGACAGCAUGCAGUCUGUGGUAACUCACGGUAACGAUGUAAAUAAGAUUAAAACAGUACGCCUUUGUUGUUGUUGUUUUUUAUUUAAAUAUGUAAAUACGUCUUUCUAAUUCCAUCCUCUCUGAUGAAAUGACACAUUUGAACUUUUGCCUUUUAUGUUUGUAGAAAUGAAGCAUUGAAUUUGAUAAAGAUAUAAUAAACUAA